AUGUUAGCGUUGAAAGAUAAAGUUUCAUACAGUUCUGCAUCUUCCUUAAUGAGUUGUAUUAGACAUUUUUCGCAUUCAAGAUGUAUUUUAUAUGAACUAAAUUUUGAUAAAACAUCAACGGCAUUAAAUUCAUCUAUCAAAGUAAACUCAGAAAAGAUAAAAGGGGAAACUAAAUCGAAUGAAGAUGGGAAAUCAAUCAAAUUUAGUUUGGCAGACCUAUAUAAUAAAACGCAAAAAUCCAAUGUAAGAUCAUCAAAUUAUUCUAAUUCAUACAAAAGCAGGUCAUUCAAAAGCAACCCGAUUAUUUUGCAGAAAAAAUCUAGCAACCUCCCGAAUUGGAUUAACGGUACUGAGAAGGCAAAACUCGCAGCAACUUUAACAUAUAAAGAAAUUUUAAAACAUAAUAAGUUUGGGAAAAUUAAAACGAUUAAUCCCACAACAGGCAAAUUGACAGAUUCCAAAAUACAAGAUAUAAUUAGGAACAUCGAUUUAGAUAAAAAUGGGAUUCAAAUUGUCAAUUUUGAAAAAAAUAUGGACGAAUCGAUAACACCUAUUGUUAAAAUCAUUGAGAGCAAAAUUGCACUUGAAAAAUAUAGUCAAGAUUUAGCCAAGAUUAAAAAUCAAGAAUUAGUGGAAAGCGGUUCCAGUGCCAAUAAAUUUAAAGGUAAAAAGCCUAAUGAAAAAUCUGCAAAAAGUAUAAAAUACAUAAGAAUAACUUGGAGAAUAGAAAAUGAUGACUUAAGAAGGCAGAAAGCUCACGAAAUACAAACUGCUUUGAAAAGGGGAAUGAAAGUUCAUAUAUUUAUUGAUGAUAAUUACAAUGCAUCUAAUAACUGGAUAACUGAUUUUGAACUCCAUUUAAAUGACAGUGACCACAAGCUGACUAAAAGUGAAAAUACAAAAAGAGAAUCUCUGGUGAAGACCCUUGAGCAAAUAUUCCAAUCAGAUUCUAUAUCGCCAAUUAUUGCAGGUUCCAUAAAGUCAAAAAUGCUAAUAAAACUAUCACCUAUUCAAGAGAAAACUGAAAGUAAAGGUGACAGCAAUAAAGAUAAUAAAGCAAAGGAUCUAAAAACUCAGAAAAAACUUUUAAGACAACAAAAGUUAGAAGAGAGGACAAAAAGAAAACAAGAAAGACUAAAGCGGAAUAUGUUAUGA